AUGACAGAAAACAGCGUCGCGAUGAGCUACGAAGAGCUCAAAUGCUACCACCUGCUCGAGACCGUGCCUCGUCUCGACGACGGCUCCGAGGUUUUCCAGCCCACGCUCAAGGAAUUGGAGCUCUACCGCCUCCUCCGCGCACUCAGUGUCGUCGACGCCAACGCGUCGCCCGGGAACCAGCUCGGUCACUUCAUCGACGCGUGUCUCAACGGCGUCAAGAAGAAGUCAACGUGUGGAGACGGCGUGGCAAACGCCGACGCCGCGUCGCCCGAGGUCCAGCUGGGCGACGGCGUCGAUGCGGUCAUCGACGACGCCAAGAUGACGUCGGCAAGUAUUGACGCCGUUUUGGACGCCGAUGCGGUGCUGUCCGAGGGUCAAAACGCCGACGCGGGCCUCAACACCGGCACGGAGCCGAAGAAGGACGAGAAGGUUGACGCCGACCAGAGUGUCAACAAAGCCACGUUCAACCGCAGCAUCGACGUGGUUGCGUGCUACGGCAAGCAAGCGGCGGUGGAAGCGGACCUGCGCGCGCAAGGCUGGUGGCCCACGAACCUCGAAACGUACUUGCACGCGGACCACGAAGGCGUGUACGCGAUUCUACUCCCCGAGACGACCGACCGCCCCAAACUCGUGCUCUUCACGUGGCUCCUCGACGCUUCGUUUUCUCCAAAGUACUUGCGCGAACGGGCGACGUACGCGCUGCGCUUCGUCACGACGCUGACGCCAGUCGUGCGCUGCUGCCUCGGUGACGCAGAAUGGGACGCGCUGGAGCGCGCCGCUGCUGAGACGCGCGCCGAGUCGUCUCAGAAGAAUACGGCCGUCGAGAUGACCAUCACGGAGGCCAAGGUGCAGGAGGAACAUGUCUCGUGCGAGGUCGCAUCGAAGCCCACCAAGGCGACGCCAGGUGACACGCUCUUGGCGGCGACGGGUGUCACGGGCGUCACGAUGCACAUCUCGCAAGACCACUACAUUCGCAACACGUCCGAGUCGAUCUCGAUCGCGCCGCCCGCCGACUUUGCAGCAUGGCUCUUGGAAGCUGCCAAGACGCACCGUCUCCAGAUCAGAGUGCAGCUCCCGAGCGACUGCAAGCGUGCGGUGCUCGAAGCGAUGAGCAUGCUGCCGACGGAGAAGCUUCCGCGCAUGACGAUGGAGAGCCUGGUUGCGAACCUGCGCGACGAGGCCAAGGCAGAGGCAAUCACAAUGCUUGCAGCGAUCACGACGAAAGUCAUCGAAGCCGGGGCCACACUCUUCUACUUGCACGACAACGUGACGGCGGCGGAAGAAGCGUCGGCACACACGGCCCUCCAGGAGCAGAAAAAGGUACUGCAGAACACGCUCUCGCCCGCGAUCGAGUUGCCCACCACGUUUGAUCCGCUCGUGGCUGACGUCAUCAACGCCGAAUACGCGCGCCUUCUCGUCACCGAUACGAGUUUUCUUGCACUAGCAGAGAAAUUGCCGUCGUUGGUACGCUGGUAUCGCUCAAGCCGCUUAAGCCCAACGGCCAGUCUCGAGUUUCCGCUUCUCAAGAAGCACAAGCCCGAGAUGGAGUUGAUCUUGCCGCGCACCCAAGGCGUCCUCCGCGACAGCUACAAAGCUUGGAGUCAAGUGGUGCGCGCGUUCCUCGAGAGCGACCAGGUCGUCAACAUUACGACCAACCAGUGCUACAACAAGCUGGUCGCCAAAGCCAACUGUCAAGAGACGCCGCGCCGUGAGAAGGAAGCGAAGAUCGUUCACGAAGCGUUUGUCGCUGCGAUUGAGGAGGCGAACGCAAAGCACGCGCCGACCGAGCUCAGUGUGUACAUCGACCGCGUGAAGCCCCACUACGUCGACUUCAGCAAAGAGUACGUCGCGGGGGGCGCGACGCAGCUGACGCUGACGCCGGUGGGUGGCGCGCCAUUUGGCAGCAUCAAGCUGCCGCGGGAUGCAGUCGUGGUCCACGUAGCCUUCGUCGCAGGCGCGCGCACAGUUGUCGUCGUCGUCUUCACGCUGGACGGCAAGACGCACGUGCAGUCGUACCAGGCCAACGGGGCGCGACCCAUGAUGCUACUCGUCGCCAAAGAAUUUCCCAAGCUCGUCGAGCGCUGCGACUUCGACGCGUCGCAUCGCCUCUUGGCGCUCCAGCACUCGGACACCAAGGUCGACAUCUAUGCGUUCAGCGAGUCGUUCAAGGUCUUUACGCGGGCGCACCGAUUCAACUUGCAGCUUCUGGGCCCCAUCGCGCCGUACACCACCAUGCCCUUGUUUGGCGGCGACAACCACGGUCUCUUCGUCGUCGGGGGCGACGGCAGCGCCCAGUCGUACUACUUGCGCACGCAACAGCAAUCCAAGCUCGUACCGGACUUUGCGACGCCCGGAUCCAAGGUCGUCAAGCUCCAGAACGGCGCCUUCAUGGUGCGCAUUGAACCGCUGGACAAUGAUCAGCACCCACGUCGCCUGCGCCUCCACACACUCGAGAUCCAGAGCCAUGCGAUGCUGCCCUUGGUCGCCGAGGUCGCGCUGCCUAAAACGCUCAAGUUCUUCAACUGGUCGACCGUCCAAGCCUGCGCGUACGACGACACCAUCGUGCUUCUCGACCAGAGCUCCGGUGCCAUGCUCGUCCUCAAGAUGACGGUCUUGACAGGCAAGGUCGGGUUCGAAGUGAGCUGCACGCACUCGGCGGCGCCUGUGACAGCCACAGAAAGCCACGUGCUCGCGCCGCUCUUCCACGUCUUUGAGAAGUUUCCCGUUCGGGCGUUCAUGACACGGUGCCACAAUGAUGACGACGACUCGGACGAUUCGGAGGACGAAGCCGCCGCAAAGAGCCAGCCGAGCGUGAAAUGCGACGACGCUGACCUCUUGCCGAUGGCACUGCAGUUGCACGUGCAAGCGUCCUCGCCCAAGCGCUGCAAAGCUGCCGCACGUGUCCUCAAGGCGAUCAUGAAGAAAAUCAAAGAGCUCAACAAGCGCCUCGCGUCGCUCUCACUGGCCAAAGACACGGUCAUGAACGGAGACUUGGUGUGGCCCACGAUGGCUCUUGGGCGCUGGGUUCUCGAGGUCGUUGGGUUUGUGCCCGUGCCCAUCUGCCGCGCGCGCGACAACGAGCUCGAGCUCCUGCGCGACGGCAACGUGGUCACGCUCAGUCAGUGCGCUGAGGUCCAUGAUAUGGAGCCAAACAUCAUUUUUGGACCGACGAGCUACAUUCUCAAGGCGUGGCGCGGCCCGAUUGUCGUCAUCACGUCCAUGGGAAAGCAGUCGACGGGCAAGUCGUACUUUCUCAACCACCUCACUGGCAGCUCGUUUGCGAUUUCGGGCGCGCGCUGCACAGACGGCGUCUGGCUCACGCUGCGCCCGUACGGCGAGACACUGUUGGUCGUCCUCGACUUUGAGGGCCUCGGGUCGUUUGAGCGCAGCAUGCAAGAAGACACGCUUCUCUCGGUCCUCAACGCGGCCAUCUCGCAGCUCACGAUCUUCCGCAUCGAGAUGCGCUUCGACAAGGACAUUGACGCGAUGUUUGCCAAGUUUCAGCAAGGCGUCUCCAUGCUCAAGGGCGACCCCCGAUUGUUCACCGGCCAGCUCUACAUGAACGCCAAGGACGUCAACCCCAACGACACCGAUACGCUCGUCGACGAAUUCAGAUCCAAGCUCGCGGGUCUCCUCAAAAACGCCACGGCUGACAACUUUCUCACAGUCAUGUACAGCGGCAGUGUUCUCGUCACGGCCUGCGCACCGCUCAAUAACGUCGGCUACUAUCAUGGUCUGGCCCAAGCCUCGACGUGUUUGGCCGAAGCGCGUGACAGAAAGACAUUCUCAAGCGGCGCCAGCUUUCACGAGUGCCUUGCCUACCUCCUCGCCAAGAUCGCUCGGCGCGAUUGGACGUCGAUGGGCGACAACAUCCGAGCGGGCAAGACGAAGCGGCUGCGCAAGCAGCUUCGCUACGCACUGCGCAACGGCAAACUCGACGCAGCAAUCACAGCGACGUCGGUAAACAUUUGGGCCGACGACGACGAUGCGACGGUGGCGGAGCGCCAAGCGAAGGGCCUGGCCGACAAGGCCGUGCCCCAGGAUGCCGAGAUCGACUUUGGUCUGGAGUUGGAUGGUUCGACAGACGCGGCGGCCAACCAUUCGGUGGUCAAGGCGACGCUCCUCCACUACUUGGGGCAGUACGUCCAGCUCGUCGCAAGCCAUGACGAGGAUCAUCUCGCCAAGGCACCACGCCGCGUCGACCACGAAGCAGGCUUUGACGUGCUCUGGACGUACAUUGUGUGGCGCCGCGAGCACCGUGUCCGCGCCUGGUUCGAGUCGCUCGGUGGCUCGAGCCGCCAAGCGCUUCAAGACGACUUCAACAAAUGUGUGCAAGACGUCAAGCAGCUUCUCCGUCGGUGCGAGCACACGUGCAGCAAGUGCAAGCUUGGGUGCUUUGAAUCGUUCAUGCAUGACCGCGCCAUGCCCCACGACUGCGGCGGAAGCCACCGCUGCGAAGGUCGCUGCGCCCACUGCGACGACGACGCGCCCUGCGGUGCUGUUGCAGGCCACGCGGGCUCAUGCAACUGUUGUCAGAAGAGCCACACGUGCCCGCAAGUGUGCCAUCUCGCUACCGCCCGCAACUGCGACGGCAACUGCCACCUCGACGUCGACCACGUCGGACCGCAUGUCUGCAGCGUGAACCAGCACCUCUGUCCCAAGGCAUGCGAGGCAAAGAGCUGCCGCAACGAGUGCUACCACCUACUGGAUUUCGCCCACGAUACGCACUCGUGUGGCACGCGUCGCUGCCAGCAGCGCUGCAGCUAUGUCGGCUGUACGGGCACAUGCACCUCGGACGACCACUUUCACGCGGUGGGCGCACUGCACUCGUGCGGUCAAGAGCACACGUGUCAAGCCAAGUGCACGGCUGGCGGUAACUGCGAGACCAAGGUCAAGCAGGAGACAAUCCGCACGAAAGAUCGGGCUAAAAAAAAGUGCGUCAUCAAGUUCCAAGACAGUUGCAUCGACCACAAGGGCAAAGACCAUCGCUGCGACACCAAAGAGCACACGUGCGACGUGCGCUGCCCGUGCUGCAACUACUACUGCAAAAAACCGUACCAGCACACGGAUCCGCACGCGACGACGCAUGGGAGCAUGAUCGAGACGACGUUUGUGAUGGACAUUGCCGUCCUCGAGCUCGAGACAGACCGCAAGUAUGCGGCCGGCGACCGCGGUAUCGCCGAGAUGUGUCCGUUCUUCUGCUCCAAGCUCGGCCGGGGCCACGUCCACUACAUGCCAUGCGAGCACGCCUCGGCCGACGCCUGCACUUCCGCGGCCAAGGACGGCCGUCGGCACAGUACGAUGAAGCUCGCCUCCAACCCGAAGCAGGCCAUGGACGAAGUGCUCCACGAUACGUACUGGAAGGCGCUUGGGUGGGAAGACCCGGUCUCGAGCGCGCUUGAGCGCACGAAGUUUGCCUCGUGCCCAUACGAGUGCGAGGCGCCCGAGCACAAGGACGCCGGCAGCGACAAGUCGUACUGCGUCCUGGGUGCGUGGCACGAGCCAGUGGUCAAUGCGACGACUCUAAAGUCAGGUCAGUUUCUCGUGCAAGGCCAUGUCUUCAAAUGCCGGCACAUUGCCGCAAAGGGCCUCCAACACCACGUCUUUGUCCUGGACGCCUCUUGGUCCAUGGAAGGAGAGUCGUGGCAGGCGCUCACGGCGGCCUUUCACGCAUACGUCGCGCAGAUCCUCGCGACGCGAAGCCAAAACUGCGCCGACAUUGUCUCCGUCGUCACAUUCGACACUACUGCCCGCAUCGUGCAUGAAGCCCAGCCACUGAUCAAGAUGGCCAAGAUUUCGCUGCCGUUUUCUGGAGGCUGUACGAGCUACGACGCGGGCUUGCGUUGCGCCAACGAGGUGCUUUCGCGCAACGACCACAAGUCGUAUACGCCCGUCAUGCUCUUCCUCUCCGACGGCGAGCCGGACAGUGACGCGAACGGUGUCGCGUUGGCGCAGAGUAUCGCCAAGUCGUACAGCAUCUACAAUCUCCAGAGCUCAUUCGCGGAGACGGGCGCGGACCUGCUUGCGACGUUUGAAGAGAUCUCGGUCCCGGAGCACAUCCGCGCUGGGCUUCUGGGCAAGGCGACGACGACGCAACACACCAACGCGGCAUAG